AGCUUGGGUUUACAGGUUGUAAAACUUGUGAAGAAAUCAAGAUCUGCGCUUGCCGCCGUUAGUUGGCUUGUGUGAAGAAAAAAUUGUGUAUUUGUUUUUGUUGUGACAGAAAAAACACUUCAAAAUGUCCUCUAAAUCGAAAAAGACUGUUACAUCUUCAACCAAUAUAAGUGUUGUGUCGUCAGUGCCAAUACCUCCUCAGUCAAGCACUCCUGUUGGUAGCCGCCCUUCUAGCUCUGCCGGCCGGCCCAACAGCCCACUGAGUCCAACAAGACACACACGUCUACAGGAGAAAGAUGCUUUACAAAAUCUUAAUGACCGUCUCGCGGCCUAUAUUGAUAAAGUUCGUCAGCUUGAGAGUGAGAACUCUGGUCUGCGUCGAGAAAUACAAACCACACAGGAAGUGGUCACACGCGAGGUAUCUAAUAUAAAGGGUAUGUACGAGCAUGAGCUCCAAGAUGCCAGAAAAUUAUUAGAUGAUACGUCAAGGGAAAAAGCUAAAUUGGAAAUCGAUUUGAAGAGGUUGUACGAAGAAAACGACGACCUUAAGAAACAUUUGGAUAAGAAGACGAAGGAUUGUCAACAAGCAGAAAAUUUAGCGCGCCAUUAUGAAACUCGCUUUACGGAAGAAAGCAAUAAAUAUAAUACUGCCCUUGCUGACAAGAAGAAGGCGCAGGAUGAGGCCAGGGAACUGGCUAAAGAACUUGAGAAGCUUCGUAAAGUGUACGCCGAUACCCGCAAGACUCUCGAAGAAGAAAUGCUUUGUCGCAUCGACAUGGAGAACACUGUGCAGAGUCUACGCGAGGAAUUAUCUUUCAAGGAGCAAGUAUUCCAGCAGGAGCUGCACGAGACGCGUACCAGACGUCAAGUCGAAAUAUCCGAAAUUGAUGGUCGUCUUGCUCAACAAUAUGAGGCUAAACUACAACAGAGCCUGCAAGAACUACGUGAGCAACAGGAAGCUAACAUUAAGGCUAAUCGCGAUGAAAUUGAAGCCCUUUAUGAAAAUAAGAUGAAGAACUUGCAAUCUGCUGCGCAUCGCAACAGUAGCGCAGCGACGGUGGCCGUGGAAGAGCUGCGUACCAUGCGCACGCGCAUCGACAGCCUCAACUCCACGCUUAACGACCUUGAGAACAAGAAUGCUUCACUCAGUAACCGUUGCCGUGAAUUGGAGCGCCAACUGGAGUCAGAACGCGCACGUCACGCUGAGGAUCUAGCUUCUCUUGAACAAGAACUUGCGCGUCUGCGAGACGAAAUGGCAGCUCAACUGCGAGAGUAUGCUACGUUGAUGGACAUCAAGAUAUCGUUAGACCACGAAAUCGCUACAUACCGUGCACUCCUCGAGGGCGAGGAAGACAGGUUAAAUCUCACAUCCCAGUCGCCUGGACGCGAUUCUCGUGCAUCGAUGAGCGCAACAUCAGCUAGCGGAGGUCGCAUCACCCCCGGCCGACGCGCCACUCCUCUACGAGCUGCUCGCAAGCGUACUCUGCUCGAUGAGAGCGAAGAACGCAGUCUACAGGACUUCAGUGUCACUUCCAGCGCUAAAGGAGAUCUAGAAGUUGCCGAGGCCUGCCCCGAUGGUAGCUUCGUUAAGAUCAAGAACAAGGGAAAGAAGGAGUUGAGCUUAGGUGGAUUCCAAAUUAUCCGGAAGGCUGGAGACCAAGAAACAGUGUUCAAGUUCCAUCGCACUGUAAAACUUGAACCCGGUGCGAUCGCGACUGUGUGGUCAGCGGACGCCGGUGCAGACCACGAUCCCCCGCGAGACAUCGUCAUGAAGGGACAGAAAUGGUUUGUCGCAGACAACUUCACGACCACGCUGUUUAACAACGACCAGGAGGAAGUAGCAGUGUCGGAGCGACAGCGGCGACAGAUUAGUACAAGCGCACAGCGACAUCGCGAGCUUGCACAUAAAUUCCCUCGCCGUGAACAGCUCGGAGAAAUUCGCGAAGGAGAAGAGAAUUGCCGCAUUAUGUAACAUAUCAACUCAAAUCGCCGCGUUUUGGUGGCGCUAAAGUUUUUAUUACAAGGUGCCUCACUACUCCUUAGGUUUGAAUUUCGCCCUGUGGGCUUUAUCUUAACAUACCUACGUAACACAAGUUUAACAGUGCUAGUUGGACUUGAUAGAUUGGUAAGAUGCGAGGUUCAGAAAUCAUGGAAUAAUAUAGAAUCUAUUUUGACAUAUUUAAAUCUUACCUAUUUAUGAAGCCACAACUGGGCAUUUAUUUCCAGUGUCGUUUUAGUUUCGACAUUUUAAAAUUUACAUCACUAAAUGUAAUUCACCCAAAAUCACAUGAUUUUUUUUUAUAAAAAUAGAUCUUUACUGCCACAUGGCCUUUUCACAUCAAGCUCAGACAUUGUGAACAAAGUACAAAGAUAGUAGUUCACUGUAAUAUAAGUAUAGAUUUAUUAUAAUUAUUAUGUAACUUCUAUAAAAAUAUUUCAGUCAUUAAUGUCUAUACAUACAAAUCAACAACAACAAUAUAAUAAAGGUAGAUUAAAUCUACUUAAUUUUCUACUUUCAUAGUAACUAUGUACUAUUAUUAAAGUAAUUUCUUUAGCUUAUAAGAUACAUUUGACCGUAUCACACUAGAUGUCAAUUUAGAAUAAGUGGCAUUUGUCAUUUUAUUAAAUGCUAACAAACGCAGGUGCAAGUCUCAAAAAAAUGUUAAUAAUCGAGAGAUGAUGUUUUAAGAAAAGAAGCAUUUUUAAUAUUAUGCAAAUGGCU